CACGGUCACGGUCACGGUCACGGCCACAGGUACCACCUCCCUCCCGGACCCGAGUCGCCCAAUUGCCCGUGCGACCGCUGUGGGACGCCCCGAGCUCCCAAGUCACGACGAGACGAGUGUGUAAAGACGAACACCGACCUCGACGCCCCCCCUUCGACCCAUCUUUUCCGACGACCUGAAGCCCUCGGCGAAACCAACUUGUCGCCGCUGCCCCCCAAGGGCGGCCCCAGAGACUAGACAUGGCCUUUCUUUUCAAGUCCAAGAAGAAUCACGACAGAGGGCCAGGCAGCCGAGAUGGUCCCCCGGGAUCGGCAUCGUCAACCCAGAGCGCGACGGCGCGCGUCAGGGACGAGAAGGGUUCCCGAUCAACACCUACUGGCAGCUUGAACUCCCUGGACAAUGACGGUAGCGUAGGCAGCCCGGAGCAGCAAAACUAUGGCCGCCCACGAGGCCAGACCCUGGAAGGGCAGCAUCAACAUCAGGGGCAACAACAAGCGCCCUUGCAGAUGCAAUCCCGGGACCCCCAGCAACAGCCGCCGAGCGAUCUUCCUUUUCGUAAUGGCGCAAACCCGAACCCGAUGCCAAUGGCAAACCCCAACGCCUCGCUCUACCCAUGGUCGCAAAGGAGGUUAACGUAUACGACGUCGCAACCGAGCCCCUUUCCCCGAUAUGGCGCCGCUGUCAAUUCGGUAUCGUCUAAAGAGGGCGAUAUCUAUGUGAUGGGCGGCUUGAUCAACAGCUCGAUGGUCAGGGGUGACCUAUGGAUGAUUGAAGCUGGUGGGAGUAUGGCCUGCUACCCUCUUGCGACGACGGCAGAGGGUCCUGGCCCAAGGGUUGGACACGCCAGUUUGCUGGUUGGAAACGCGUUUAUUGUGUUUGGCGGAGACACCAAGAUCGAUGAGUCCGACGUCCUCGAUGAGACGCUAUACCUCCUCAAUACUUCCACGCGACAAUGGUCAAGAGCUCUGCCGGCCGGUCCACGACCUGCGGGUAGAUAUGGCCAUACUCUUAAUAUUCUAGGAUCCAAGAUCUACGUCUUUGGUGGCCAGGUAGAAGGAUACUUCAUGAAUGACUUGGCAGCUUUCGACUUGAACCAGUUACAAAUGCCCAACAACCGCUGGGAUCUGCUGAUAGCUACCACAGAACCUGGAACUCCUCCGCAAGUGAAGGUUCCCCCUGCUAGGACAAACCAUUCCAUGAUAACUUUCAACGAUAAGAUGUACCUGUUCGGAGGCACGAACGGUUUUCAAUGGUUCAACGACGUUUGGUGCUACGAUCCAACGACCAAUGCCUGGACUAUGCUCGACUGUAUCGGAUAUAUCCCCGUCCCGCGCGAAGGUCAUGCGGCCGCCAUUGUUGAUGAUGUCAUGUAUAUCUUUGGAGGCCGUACCGAGGAAGGAGCGGAUCUUGGUGACUUGGCGGCUUUUCGGAUCACCUCUCGCCGCUGGUAUACGUUCCAGAAUAUGGGCCCUUCGCCCUCGCCUCGAUCCGGUCAUAGCAUGACGGCAGUUGGCAAGACCGUUGUGGUUGUGGGUGGAGAGCCAAGCUCUGCUACGGCAGCUGUGAAUGAUCUCGCCUUGGUUUACUGUCUAGACACGACAAAGAUCCGAUACCCAGCUGAUUCGGCAGGCAAUCCUGGUGCCCCAAGGAACGCGGCAAGGCGGCCAAGUAACGCGACUCCUCCAUCUUCGAACCAAAACUUCCCGCCUCGAGACGGUUCUUCGGGUCCCCCUGAUCAGAGACGGUUGGUCGGACCACCUGGGGAGGCCGGCACCACUAACCCCCAGAACGGAUACAGAGGCCCCCCGAAUCCGAACGACCAAGCUGGCCCUAGAGGCCCCCCUUAUGGGCCUCCUAAUAAACCUAUGAGACCCGGUCCUCCAAUGGGUCCAGCCGGCCCUCCCCCUCAAGGCCAACCCCCAAGGCCGGGUGUGAACCCAGCAGUCGCCCGAGCAAGGAACGCCUCGGCAGACAGCAGGGCGGACUCUCAUCAAGGCUCCCCUGCACAGUCUCCGAUUGUUCAACAAGCCCCGGUUUUCACCCAAAGCGAGAGAUCCGGUUCUGUGGGAAGUCACACACCAACUCAAAACACACCACGCUCUGCAUCAUCUGCGUCAAGGCAGACGGAGCCCCCUGCUGCUGAAACGCCCAAGUCCACGCCUCUGAAGCAAGCCCGCACGCAAGGAUCGGUCGAUAGCUCAACGGAUGCAAGCCUGAAGCAAGCGGCCACUCGUCCUGCUUCUCCACCGGCGCCUACUACCAGGCUGAACAGCAAUUCCAUCAACCGAAGGUCAUCGCAGCGGAGUUCUCAAUCAGUGGUACUUCUGAAGGAGCUAGACGCAGCAAGGAAUCGCAAUGCCUGGUAUGCUUCGGAGUUGGAGUUGGCACGCAAAGCCGGUUAUGUGCCCACCGCCUCGAUGAGCCCAGCGCUAGACCAACGAGCGGCGGAGACGUUUGACGACGAGGACAGGCCUUUAAUCGAAGCUUUGCUUGCCAUGCGCACUGAACUUGCCAACGUACAAAGUUCAGUAGACAAACAGGCAGUUCUCGCUGCUAAGCAAAUCGCCGAAGCCGAGCGGCAACGAGAUGCUGCUAUCCAGGAAGCGAUUUAUGCCAAGGCCAAGCUGGCAGCGCAGGGAGGAAGCGCCAGGAGCACGCCCCAGCUCGAUACCGAUAAGGAUGGGAACGAUCGUGUGGGUGAGAUGGGCAAGAAGCUUGCCAACGCCUUGAGUGUUCAGAAAGAGCUACAGGACCAAGUAGAACGCCUAAAAAUCGACCUCGACGCCGAGAAGAAGGCCAGGAAACUGGCCGAUGAUACGGCCAGUGCUGCUCAGAAGAGGAUGGCGGACCUGGAGAACUUCAAGCAAAGGAAUUCCGGCGAGCUCAAGGCUGAAUUGCAUAUGCUGCAACGGCAGGCAAGAGAAGCUGAAGUCGCCGCGUCGGAAUUCGAAUCUACAGCACAAAUGCUCCGCCUUGAGAAGGAUGAACUGGAAAACAAGUACAACGCAGCUGUCGGUAACUCUAAGCAAAGCUCCCUGAGGGAAGCGACGCUUGAAAGGAAACUUGAUGAAGAGCGUGCACUCCGGGAGGACAUUGAGGCCACGUUGAACAAGCUCAAGGCUGAGCGUGAGGUUCAGGCUGCUGAAUUAGCUACACGCCUGAGAGAUGCCGAAGAGCGAGCCGAACGCCAUGCUAACGAGGCGCGUGUCCACCGUCAAGCUGUGCUCGCCGGUUUGGACAAGGGCGACAUCGACCGCACAUCUGCCCUCCAAGGCCAGCUAAGCGCCGCUAAUGCGCUGUAUCAGCAGGAUGCGGAUUCUGCCUCAGACAAGCUACGAAGUGCAGAGGAACGCAUUGCUGGACUUGAGGCCUAUCAAGAACAAGCCAGUCGUGAAGGCGUCUCGAUCCGCAGGCAACUGCAGAAAACCCAGUCCCUUCAGGCCGCCAACUCGGAUCUCAAGCAGCAAUUAGCCAAGCAACAACUGGAAACUAACGCCGUCCUGGAUAUCCUCACUGAACGUGGUAUUUCACCUACCAGUAGUCGACUCGGCAGCCCACAGCAGAUGCGCCUGCGCGAACUUGAACAACAGCUUUCCGCCGCGCAAGCUGCGCACGAGGAAACAAAGGCGGCAGCGGCAAAGCAAGCGCAGGAAGCAGAGACGACGUAUCGUGACAAGCUUGCCCAGCUCGAUAAUGACUAUCAGUCAGCUGUGCACUAUAAGAUGUUGAAGCAGCUUAAGGAGCAGUUGACGCGGUAUAAGACCGAGAACUCUCGCCUCAAGGAACAGCUGGAAGACAAGGUCGGGGGUGAAAAUGGCUCCAGCGGCGCACCUGCGGAUUGGGAGGCUGAGCGGGAAUCGUUGCAAGGGCAACUUCAAGCUGAGCUACAGAAGACGGCAUCUCAACUCGAUCAACAGCUUCAGUCUUUGCGUGAAGAGCUUCAAGAUGUCCGCCGGGAACGCGAUUCGGCGGCUCACUCCACGACCAAGAAGGACCUCGAGGAGCUGCAGCACGAGAAUAGCCUUCUGGAGCGCCGCGCCCGGGAUGCGGAGCAGAAGGUCAGCACACUGCUUGAUCAAGUAGAGAUGAGCGUCGACAACUACCGCAGACGCAGCCGGCAAGUUCCGAACGAAACGAUCGGGGCUGCGAUGACACCAGUGGGACAUGCCCGGCAUGAGUCCAGCGAAGCUGAAAGCUUGUACGGGCCCGGACCCGAUGCUAGAGAUAGCGUCGCGCUGGAUCACCUGACAAGCGAACUCGAGACCCGUUGGCAAACCAACAGCAUGAACUACCGACACAGCAACGCGUUUGACUUUGAGGGGCUCGGGACUCCUACCACAGCUCCUCCUAGGAAAGGUGAUGGUAAUCCCGGUCUAAGCGAAAGCAUGGCGGAUUGGAGGAAGAAAAAUUUCGACGACAGUCACCUUAAUGAUGAUGAGCAUCAACCGGCCGGAUCUGCCAGAUGA